AUGCCGCCCAAGUCCGCGUCGCCGGCCUCACCGCCGCCCGAGGCGCCGACACAAGACGCGCUCAAGGCGCUGCUCAAGACGCUGGCGAGCAGCGCGCCGACACCGGGCCAAGUCCGCACCUUAUCCGCGGCGUUAUCCCCCUCGUCGCCGGACACGCACGCGCUCGCGCUCCUGUGUUUAUCGACCGCCGUGUCCACAAGCGACACGAAGGGCGGCGACGUGAGGGCUCAGGCAGCACGCAUCAAGGACCUGUUCGACCCGCUCGUCGCCGACGCCAUCGCGGCCGGCUCGAGCGACCCCUCGGACCUCGUACCCGCCGUCUCGCUACUCGCGGCGCUGGCGAGCCUCGCCCCGGCGGGCGUGGUCGCGAUCCUCACCCAGCCGCUGGAUACUGUCGAGGCUAGCAGCGACGAGGUGGUCGACCCGCUCGCUGUCCUGCUGGAGUUUGCGGAGCUCCCAAGCCCGCUGCAGCCCGCGCUGGCAAGCCUGAUCUCCGCGCUGGCGGGUACCAAGGCCGGCCGCGAGCUCGUGCGCACCCGUGCACUCGAGUGGACGACCGCCGCGGCGGAAAGCGACAAGGUCGAGGGCGAUACCGCCGUGCUGUGCACCGUCGCGCUGUCGAAGCUUGGCCGUGAAGACCCCGUCGUUGGCGAGAGCGAGGACGACAGACUCGCGCGCGACGAGGAGAGCAAGGACGCCGAGGAGAGACUUGCGCGCUCGCUCGCCGCAAGCAUCACGAAGGGUGGGAGCAGCGACCAAGCGCUCCUCCCCACGCUUGAAGGCCUGUCGGUGCUGUCCACUCGGCCGCCGGUACGCGACGUGCUGGCGUCCGACGCCAAGUUCCUCUCGGCGCUAGUCGCGCUCUCGCCCGUGCCGACGCCGACGGGCGGCUCGCUGCCCGUAACUCCCCGCAGCUCGGUCGUCUCGCUCGACCCCGAGGCGCCGGUCGACGCAGCGCUAUGCUACGGCCUCGUGACGAUCCUCGGCAACCUGAGCGCGCGGCGGCCCGUACUGUCCGAGCACGACGCGCAGAUGGCGCGCCUGCGCCGCAUGGCGAUCGCGGGCAAGACGGCUGCCGCGACGGAAGAAGAAGACCCGCACGAGUCGGACGCGGCGGUCGCGGCGCGCGUCCAGGCGCUGUACAAGGCAGGCGUGGUCGGCUCCCUCCGCGGCCUGGUGCGCGCGGAGUCGCCGCGUAUCCGCGAAGCGCUGGGCAAGCUGUGCCUCAACCUCGUCGAGGAGCGCGCCCACCGCCCCGUGUUUGUCCGCGACGGCGGCUUCCGCGUUCUCUCUAUUGUUAUCCGUGACUUCACGUCCAAGAAGGAGCAGGCGUACGAUGCGCUGCCAGCCUGCCAGGCGCUCGCCAAGCUCGUGAUUUCAACGCCGCCAAACCUCCUCUUCCCGCCCCCGCACCAGACCAACGCGCUGAGCGCGCUCCCGCCGCUGUUCCUGCUGCUCGUCCACCCGUCCGCGACGCUGCUGCAGACGUUCGAGUCGCUCAUGGCGCUGACGAACCUCGCGUCCAUCGACCCCGCGUUCGGCGAGCGCAUAAUGUCGGCCCAAGUGGCUGUGCCGGUGCCCCCCGACUUCCGCGGGCAGGGACGCGACGACAAAGACAAACCCGUGCGCAUCGUCACGCGCGUCGAGGAGCUGUUACUCGACGACAACGCGCUCGUGCGCCGCGCAGCCACCGAGCUAGUGUGUAACCUCGUCAACUCGGACUCUGGCUUCCGCUACUUUGCCGGCGAGCCAGCAGAGGGCAAGGCUGAGCCCGAGGGCGGGGCGCGCGCCACGAGCCGGCUCAGUAUUCUUCUGCUGCUCACGGACGCAGACGACCUCGCGACACGCUUAGCGGCAAGUGGCGCACUGGCCGUGCUCACCGACUCGGCGGCGGCGUGCGCCACCCUCGUAGAGGGCAAGGGCAUGCCGGCCGGGUCGAAGCGCAGCGUCUGGGACCGGGUCGGGGACCUGUUCGAGCCCGGCGGUGCCGCGCCCGAGUUUGACGACGCAGGCGCGCGCAUCCCCGUCGUGUCGAGCCAACCGCCCAACCCCGACCUCGUACACCGCGGCGUGUUCAUCGCACUCAAUCUCCUCAACUACGUCGACGAGCUCCCGUCGCCUGCCCGCGAGGAGCAGUUAAAGCGCGCCGCCGCCGGGCUCAAGGACCCGCUCGAGCGCUUACAGAAGGGACUGGGCAGCGACCCCAAUGGCGUGCGGCCGCAUGUUGAGCACAUGCUCAAGUUGCUCGGCAAGGCGUAG